CUAUUUUGGACUCUUUGCUUUGACUACUGACUUAAACAUUGGGAUUCCGAUUAUUCUGAACGCGUCAAUACGCGUGGUUUGACGCGUAAUUACUCAGAAUCCCGUGCACAGCGGAGCAGUCGGGAGGCGGAUGAGGCUGUGAGUGGACGUGGACCGGCUACAGUGUCAGCAUCGAGAGCGACCGGGAAACAUCUUCACAUCGCUGAUUCGCCUUUUUACAACAAGAUGGCUGAUGUGGAGGUGUUUAAGAAGACACUCCGUGCCAUUCUCCAGAACAACAAGGGUCGAGUGUCAUUGGGCCGUUUGAAGUCAGAAUACAAGUUGCUGACUGGGGAACAGAUCGCAUAUAAAGACAUGGGUCACAACAACCUGUAUUCGCUGGUAGCCAGCAUGCCAUCUGUUGUCCACCUGGAGCGCAACUGCUUUGGAGAGAUGAUGUGUUUUUCUUCAGUGGCAAAUGAAAUGCCACAUACAGCCAAGGUGGUGGCUCGCCAGCACAGGUCCAAGGAGAUGGGCCAACCACACCUGGUCAACACCAGAAUGAGAGUCAAACCAGCUGCACCACUUUUGCUACAUGCCAAACCUCAGAGCUCUCUGAGGCAGCCCAACCACCGUGGACGAGGUGAUUUUAGAGAAACAGGCAGUGCCCGGGGGGCCGGACAUGUCAACAGCAGGCAAACUAGGAACGUAAGGGCGGUCCAGUCAGACAGCAAGACUGGGACACAUUCAAGCAGGACAUCCAAUGAAAACACACCAACAAGGAACACACACCCACCGUCAGAAAAGCCAGAAAAGAGGAUGUCUCUCUCGUCACGGGUUCAGAAGGAGGUGCACACUCACCUUUCCAGAAACCUCCAGCAGAGUAGCUCACCUGUGGAUCUGAAUGAAAGUGGCUCAGGAAAAGGAAAGACUUACAACCCUCAGCAGGUCCAAGGUCACAUUAAAGAGCUUUUGGGAAAGUACAGUAAUGGAUUCUGGGUGUCAAAGCUCCCUCAGAUCUACAGAGAGCUAUACAAAGAGGACCUGCCCACUGAGGCCAUCCGAGACCUGGAGAAAUGGACGCACAUAUGCACUGUUGAGAAAACCUGCAGCAGCAACCCAUCAGAGCUGCUCCUCUACCCUGCCAAGGAGCAGACAAAAACAUCCCCUCCUCCUGUGUUGCUCAACCUCAAGUCCACUGCUGUUUCUGGCUCAGCCCCAAGCACCGAAAAACCCUUACAACCACCAACUCAGCAGAGACAGCCCACCAUCCAGCUGACUCACUCCAGUUCCAGCUCAUCUCUUCCUCCUCAGUCUCGACAAUCCUUCUCCUCCUCCAUCCCCAGUCCACCUUCCACUCCUGCAGCCCUCAGCCCUGAACUGAAGCAAAAAGUGAACGAACUGAUGAUGAAGUACACCCAUGGCAUGUGGGCUGAAGCGCUGCCUAAGUUCUUCCAGGAAAACUACAAAACUGACCUGCCUGCACACAUCCUGGAGAACCUGCAGCUUCUCUCAGACAUUUGCGUGAUUGUCUACCCACUGCCUGACAACCCCAAGAGGGCUAUACUCUACAACAAGCCCAGCACUGAAUUGACAGGACGAGGUGAUGAGAACUGCAAUCGGAGGGACUCUGCAGCCAGUGAGGAGGAGCUGGGGGAAAGGAAAGACCUGGGGAACCCGUUGGUGCCUUCUCUGCAAAUCCCUAAAGAGGAGUACCCAUCUGUGCUUGUGGUGGAAGCCACCAGUACUAGUGGCGUUAUAAUUAGGUACAUUGGUGAGGGCUACUCCCAGGAUCAAGAGUCCAUGGAGGACGAAAUGAGAGAGGUUUACGGCUUGGACCCCAGCAGUCCAGCUCCUUUGUCAUCUUUCUCUUCAGGGCAGCUUGUUGCCGUCAGGGCUGAAGAAGAAGAGAUUCUGAGGGCUCAAGUCUGUGAAGUCAUGGCAGACAAACUCAAGGUGUACCUUGUGGAUUACGGCUUCUCAGAGAUGAUCAGCAAAACCAAAGUAUUUGAGCUACACGAACGGUUUUUCAAGCUGCCUUUUCAGGCGACCAAGUGCAAACUGGCAGGCCUGCAGCCAUUCUGCCGGGAACCAGCUGUGCUGAAAACAUUUGAGUCGAUGGCAAAUGGACAAAUCCUGUUGGCUGAAAUUAUAGAACAGGGGCAAACGCCGCUCGUUGUCCUCUAUGACACAUCACAGGAGGAUGACAUCAACAUAAACUCAGCCUGCUUAAAAUCCCUCCAAGACACGAUGCUGUCGAGCCCCAUACAGGUGGACAGCACUUGUAUGAAUGUGACUGUGAGCAGCGUCUGUUCAGACGGGACCAUCUAUUGUCAGCUGCCCUCCAAAGGCCUGACCAAGCUCAGUGAGAUACUGGAGAACGUGGAGGCAUACUUCCACUCACAGGUUACAACAGAGUCCCUGGUUUCCAGGCCCUUCUGUGGGAAAGGGUGUCUAGCUCGCUACAAGAGCAAAUGGUCCCGCGUUGAGAUCACCAACCUGCACGGCAGCAGAGUUCUGGACAUUGUGUUCAUUGAUGUGGGUGUGCAGGCAUCCGUGGAAGUGUUUGAGUUGAGAGAGAUCCCACCACCAUUUCUCCGUGACCUUGUGGCCAUCCCACCUCAGGCUGUGAAGUGCUGCCUUGCAGAUCUGCAUGUCAGCGUUGGAUCCUGGACUCCAGAUGCUGUGCAGUGGCUUCGAGAAAAAGUGCUGAACUCUACCGACUGUAGCAUUAAGGUUGCCAGAGUCGAUGAAACCAAGAACCGUGUCCAUGUUCACCUGUUCACCGACAGGAAUUAUCAAAACUUAGAUCGCAGCCUGAACCAUCAGCUGGCUCGGUCUGAACUCUUCAAACAGCACCCAGAUGUCUUCCUGAUCAGUCACAGUUCCACCAAGAGCUCGACGCCUGCUUCCUCCUCUAAAAUAUCUAGUCCCAGUGACUCAACUGAUGGGAGUCCAACGUCAACCUUUGCCCCAGCCAAGACCAAGGGCAGAAUGACACAGUCAGGUUCAGUAUCCAGAAGAGGAGAAAACCCAGCGAGCGGUAGCCCACCACAGACACUGUCAUCUCUCCAACUGCCCCCGUUGCUACAGCUGCCCGCUGCAGGAAGCACCAUGGAUGUGUACGUGUCUGUGGCGUGCCAUCCGGGACAUUUUGUGCUGCAGCCAUGGACAGAUAUAUACAAACUGGCGACACUGAUGGGAGACAUGGUUCUUUACUACAACAAAACCGAAGCACAACCACUGAACAUCGAAAAGACACAAAUUUAUGCUGCUAAAGUGGAGAACAACUGGUAUCGUGUCUUGGUAAAGGGAGUACUGACCAAUGGGCUGGUGUCCGUCUAUGAGUUGGACUACGGUAAACACGAGUUGGUUACCUGCACCCAGCUGAGGCCUUUGGUUAAUCAGUUCAGACAGCUGCCAUUCCAGGCAAUUACUGCUCAGCUGGCUGGAACAAAGCAGAAGCAGUGGUCUGAGGAAGCUUCCAUUGUCUUCAGGAACCAUGUGGAGAAAAAACCUCUUGUGGCCCAGCUGGAGAACAUACAGGAAGCCACUCACUCGUGGGACAGGAAGAUGACCGUCUUCCUGGCUGACACCUCACAGGAAGACAAGGACAUCUGGAUGCAUGAUAUUAUGGCUGAGUUUGCUGAUGAGCUCAGCAGUGAGUUGUAGAAUAAAGACAGUACUCAACACUUCAGCUGUAGUGCUGUGUCGUUCGUAAAUGAACGACACAAUGUCGUUUGGCUCCCAGGUUUUUAAAACACAAUGCUGUAGUUAAAACACCUGUCUGCGAGGGAAGGGCUAUUGACCUUGGUCUCAUGGGAGAUGCUGUUUGUAGCACUAAGAUGUUGAGUGAGGAAUCUGAUUUUCUGGUUUUGCGAUUGUCCUGGAUCAAGACGAAGAUCCAGGCUUUCAAUGACUUCCCAGACUCAGUUCACUUGUUUCAGCAGAGAUAUUCAUGUCUCUGGGUUUGCGGCCUUUGAGAUCGAGAGUUGGGAAGAGCUUAAUGAGUCAUAAGGUUGCAGGAGACAGGUGUCUGUCUAUGCUGACACCUUUGCAGGAGAAUGAAGGUCCAAGACUUUAGGGUCCUGGUGCUUCCUGCCUUUUGUGUAGUUCUGAGACUUGGGCACUAACAGUGACCUAAGGUCAUGACUUGAUGUUUGGUACUAGGUCUCUUCAGAGGAUCCUUGGAUACCAUCUGAAUGAUUUUGUGGCCAAAUAAGCAGUUACUUCAGGAGACUCAGAUGAGGAGUAUCACAUAUAUUGUGAGCUACUAGCAGAUGUCAGAUAUAUGAAACGGGUCUUUGUGCAAAAUUUGGUGGUUUUACUAUAAAAAUGCAUAGUUAUAGUGAUAUUUUUACACAUAUCUGUGACAUGUGGGACUCUUUCUCGGGACAUGGUCUAGCACACAGUUGCCUCGGUGUUGAGGAAAAGGCCAAGAGGAUGACCACGUUUAACCUGGCUGCAGCAGAAAGAUGGCUUCUUUCAGGAGGUGGGGAUGGAGGAAGUCAAAACAACGAGCAGCUGCUUAGUAGCCAGCGUCUUAUUUUCAGCAUUCAGCGUGUCUAAAUUCAUUCACAGAGAGACCCAGUGAAAAGGACCCAGUGAACACUUAUCUUUAGACAUACAGUCACUGAACGAGAGAGCUGGAGAGAACGAAGGAGUAAGUCGAGUCGCUUUAGGAGUAAAACCAGGCUGGAUUAAUAAUAAUUUACUCCAGCUGUGUCUGUCCAGGCUGAUGAAUCAAAAAUGUGUCAACAGUUGAAAUUAUUCUGAGCUGUAAUAGAAGUCUCAGUGACAACAUGACCUGCUGUGAAGGAUCUGGGAGCCGUACUGAAUGCGGAUUGACGGCAGCCGGAAAUCUAGCUGAGCAGGAUGAGGGGCAGUGAGCCGACUCACCCAAAAUGCGUAGCUCCUUCAGCGAUUAGCGGCGAAUGGGCUAAUAUGCAAGGUUUCAUAAAGAGUUGCAUCUGUUAAGUGAACAGUUUGUUGGCUGAUUUUUCAGAAAUGUUUUUUAAUGUCCAAUACUGCAUGUAUCGUUAGAGAAUACUGUUCUGCAGAAAUACUACAAAUACUGUUUGAUCACGCUGCUUGCAGGCUGCUGAUGUCAUGUUAAACUCUCACUGAAAACACAAUAUGUGCCAACAGUUCUGUGUGAAAAUCUAAAAUAUCUCAAAUAAAAUCUAAAACCUUUUACUGCAAAA